AUGGAGAAUGGACCAGCAACACAGGGCGAUGGGAAGGAUCCCUCUAGCUUCCUCGGCCAGAUUAUCGGGAACCCCGUCACCGUCAAGCUGAACUCUGGUGUUGUGUACAAGGGCGAGCUACAGUCGGUGGAUGGAUACAUGAACAUCGCCCUUGAGAAGGCCGAGGAAUACAUCGACGGCGCGAAGCGGAGAACGUAUGGCGAUGCCUUCGUGAGGGGCAACAACGUCAUGUAUGUCUCUGCCGACUGA